AUGUAUACAAAGUUAAGUGAUAGCAAAAUGGUGUUUGAUCUCAACUGUUUUAAGAAGUUAUUUGACUGCAAGUGCUGCUGGCGAGUCGGCGAGAUGCACACAGCCACUGCAGAUGGACAGUUCCGGAGUACCAACGGUGCCACACACGGACGUGACAAGGUUGCCAUAUUGGAUGCUGGUUCUCAAUAUGGAAAGGUAAUAGAUCGUCGUAUCCGUGAGCUAUGUGUGGAGUCGGACAUCUUGCCGCUGGACACGCCAGCCUACCAUCUCAAGGAGGCUGGGUACCGCGCCAUCGUCAUCUCCGGUGGACCCAACUCCGUCUACGCCGAAGAUGCGCCGAGAUACGACUCCGAUAUAUUCAAGAUCGGCCUGCCGGUGUUAGGUAUAUGCUACGGCAUGCAGAUGUUGAACAAGGAGUUCGGAGGCUCCGUGCUGCGCAAGGAGGCGCGCGAGGAUGGCCAGUAUGAGGUCGAAGUGGAAACCACAUGUCCGUUGUUCAAUCGCCUUGAGAAGCUCCAACCAGUGCUGCUGACACACGGGGACAGCGUGCAGAAGGUCGGCGAGAGAUUCCGCGUCGGCGCCCAGUCCUCAAACCAUCUCAUUGCUGCUAUAUACAAUGAACAAAUGCGAUUAUAUGGCGUGCAGUUUCAUCCUGAGGUGGACCUAACGCCGAAAGGCAAGCAGAUGCUAUCAAACUUUUUGUUUGACAUCGCGGGCCUGUCGCGCUCCUUCACGCUGCGGUCACGUCGUGAAGCCUGCAUACACUAUAUACGGGAGACUGUUGGCGACAAUAAAGUUCUUGUGUUAGUUAGUGGUGGGGUGGACUCCACAGUAUGCGCGGCCUUACUUAGAACCGCUCUCCGUGAAGACCAGGUCAUUGCUCUACAUAUUGACAAUGGUUUCAUGCGUAAGAACGAGAGUGCUAAGGUGGAGCGGUGUCUCAGAGAGCUCGGCGUACGCUUACAUGUCGUCAACGCCGCUCAUCAGUUCCGCCAGGGCAGCACGGUGGUGCGCGAGGCGGGCGGGCGCGCGCGCCACACCGGCCUGCUGUGCCACACGGCGGCGCCCGAGGACAAACGGAAGAUCAUCGGGGACGUCUUCAUACGCAUCGCCGAGCAGGCCGUACAUGACCUCAACCUGCAGGAAGACCAAGUACUGCUAGGCCAGGGUACACUACGGCCGGACCUGAUAGAGUCCGCGUCCUCGUUGUGCUCGACCAACGCGGCCACCAUCAAGACGCACCACAACGAUACAGAGCUCGUGCGGGCGCUGCGUCAGAGGGGACGCGUUGUCGAACCACUGCGGGACUUCCAUAAGGAUGAGGUGCGUGCGCUAGGGCUGGAGCUAGGUCUGCCGAGUGCGCUGGUGGAGCGCCAGCCCUUCCCGGGCCCCGGCCUCGCCGUGCGCGUGCUCUGUCAGGACGAACCAUACGCUGAGCGGGACUUCGCGGAGACACAGGUGAUAGUAAAAAUAAUGGUGGAAUACGCGUCGAUGUGCGUGAAGUCGCACGCGCUACUGGGCCGCGUGGCCAACGCGAGUACUCCGGCGGAGCAGGCCGAGCUCAAGCGGAUCUCUUCCAAGUCGCCCGUCGCCGCCACGCUGCUGCCUGUCAGAUCUGUUGGAGUACAAGGUGACGGCAGAACGUAUAGUUACGCGGUAGCACUAUCGACGGAGCGCUACCCACCUGACUGGAAGGACAUGCACUACCUCGCCAAACUCAUACCUCGUGUAUGCCAUAAUGUUAACAGGGUUUGCUACGCUUUCGGAGGAUUAAUCAAGGAGCAAGUGACAGACAUCACGCCCACCUUUCUCACACAACAAGUUAUCUCAACCUUACGCCAGGCAGAUGAUCUCGCCACUCAGGUGUUAGUAUCAAGCGGGUAUGCAUCCCGUAUAGCCCAGAUGCCGGUGGUGAUGAUCCCGAUCCACUUCGACCGCGACGCGGCCGUGCGCGCCGCCUCGUGCCAGCGCUCGCUCGUGUUGCGCCCCUUCAUCACGUCGGACUUCAUGACCGGCAUCGCCGCGCUUCCAGGCUCCGAUGCCAUGCCGCAAGAUGUCGUAGACAGAAUGCGCAAGGAGUUGCUGAGCGUGCCCGGCAUCUCGCGCGUGCUAUACGACUUAACCCCGAAGCCGCCCGCCACUACAGAAUGGGAAUGA